CCAAACUUGGCUCUAGCUAUCGACGAGCAGCAACUGUGGUGAGCUCAACAUAUUUGUCAGCUGUCUGCAAGCCAGGCCUGACGCCCUCGAACUAUUUUUACAAACACAGAGGAACUCUCCCAACGAGCCAACGGUCAUCGUCCUUCCAUUUGUGAAGAAGUUUGAACAACUCUCAGUGCAGCCGCCGAGCGCCACGCCAAUUGUGCCAAAAAUGUCUACCGAGACCGCCAACGGGAACGGGGUUCCCAGGUCCGCAUCCUUCCUGGACGUUCGGAGCACUGUAGAAGCCGAUGUUCCGCCCAGCAAGCGCGCCAAGACUGCCGCUGUCGUUAACCUGCUGGAGGGCCGCAAGGCUGUGCAGGAGUCCGAGAACGAGAUUGCGGAGGUGGUGAUUGUGUGCGAGCCGGAGCAGGCCAGCCUGAUGAUGGGUGGGCUGCACCCCCGCGGAUCGCUGUACGAGCGCCCCGUCAACAUCGACGUGGCCAAACAGCAGCACGCCGAGUUCCGCAACGUGCUGCGCGCGCACGGCGUCAAGGUGCUGACGGUGCGCGAGAUCCUGGCGCACAACGUGGACACAAACAUGAGCGCGCGUGUGAUCUGCCAGAUGGGCACCAGCCAGCUCAUCGACACGGUCAUGAUCAACCCCACCGUCACGCUGCAGCCCUCCUACCGCGACACGGGCUUCACCGCCAGCUACACCUUUGAGCCGCUGUCCAACCUGGUGUACACACGCGACCAGCAAGUCACCACCUGCAAGGGCAUUGUGAUGGGCCGCCUGCGCUCCGCCCAGCGGCAGCGGGAGGUGCAGGUGAUGCGCUUUUGCUUCAACAAACUGGGCAUGGCGGUGGCGGGUGAAAUCAAGGAGCCCGGGUACCUGGAGGGCGGCGACUUCUUCCCCAUGUCCCGCGACCUGGCCAUGGCGGGCAUUGGGCUGCGCUCCAACCUGGAGGCCUGCAAGCAGCUUAUGGAUGACGACCUUCUGGGCACCCGGCGGUUCGCAGUGGUGCGGGACGACUUCGACCAGCACCAGGACCGCAUGCACCUGGACUGCGUGUUCAGCGUGCUGUCUGACACGUGCUGCAUCAUGCUGGCGGACAUCAUGGGCGACAAGAGCCCCACGCGCCGGCUGGUGGACGAGUACACACGCGACCCCGAGACCGGCAAGUACAAGAUGACGCGUGAGGGCGUGGAGUUCAGCGCCUUCAUCGCGGGCGAGGGCUACGCCAUCAUCCCCAUCUCCAACGAGCACCAGCUGCAGUACGCCUGCAACGUGCUCAACCUGGGCGACUCCCGCAUCGUGUCCGUGCACGCGCCCAGCGCGCGGCAGAUCGUGCGCGACCCCCGCUUCAAGGGCGACGUGCAGGUCAUCGACUUCUCCUCCAUCACCUCCAUGUACGGCAGCGUGCACUGCGCAUCCCAGGUCGUCAAGCGCAUUCCGCGCAAGUAAGGAAAAGCAAGAGAGAAUAAUCAAGGAUGCCAGCGUUGGAGCAGAGAGAGCGCGAGCGGCAGACAAGAGGCGGAUGAUCUGAGGAUGUGAGAUCCUCCGCGUUGUUGCGCGGCAGGAGGUGAAAGGAGAGCGUCGACUGCUUUGGGGAAGCGGUUGCGGAUGGAGCGUGAGGAUGAUGGUGCAGCGGGGUAUAACUCUGAACCAAUCCCGUCAGGAAACAGGGGUGUGUGCAAGGAUUGGUACAGAGGAGUGUACCGAAGUAGACAGCAGGUGUGGUGUUGCGCGUACCGAUGACGGGGUGUGUAGAGAAGUCGGGCGCGCUGUGGUGCUUACGCGGCUGCUCUCAGCGGCAAGUGCAGGAAUAGGAAUAGGCACAGCACGAGCGUGAGGGUGUGGUGGCAGUGUCGGCAGGUAGAGCGGGCGCAGGGGUAGGUGGGCGGUAGGAGGAUGCGUGGGUAGGCGAGGCGGCUUGAGGUUGGCUUGAGAGGGACGGAGGAUACAGUGUGAGGCGGGCGGCGCUUCAUUGGCGCUGCUGGAACAGUCUGCGGCAAGCGGGAAUGUCAUUGAGAGGUCUGGCUUGCUCCUGAUUCAAAUCUUCAAUGCUCGCCGCCGCGUAUGCCCUUGACACGGGUGUGGCAGAGGACUAGAGGAGCUGUGUGCAAUUGCACACAUGAUGGGCGCAGCCUUGGACCACAGGUGACGGGGUUAGUGCCAGUUCGUAGAUUGUUUGAUUCCGGUGCUUGCACCCGGGGAUGGCAUGGAACCGGCGCCUGCUUAGCUCGUGUGAUGUAUCAAACGCGUUGGCAACGACUCUGCAUUCUGGCAGUCUUACUGCUGCCCCGUCCCGCUUGCGGUCGCUGCGCACCAAGUACUACCGUAAUUCUUUUAG